AUGGCCCGCCGUCCCGCCCGUUGCUACCGCUACUGCAAGAACAAGCCCUACCCCAAGAGCAGGUUCAACCGUGGUGUCCCCGAUGCCAAGAUCCGCAUCUUCGACCUUGGUCGCAAGAAGGCCAACGUAGACGACUUCCCGCUCUGCAUUCACUUGGUCUCCAACGAGUACGAGCAGCUGUCCUCCGAGGCGCUCGAGGCCGCCCGUAUUUGCGCCAACAAGUACUUCGUCAAGAACGGUGGAAAGGAAUCUUUCCAUCUCCGUGUCCGCGUCCACCCCUACCACGUCGUCCGUAUCAACAAGAUGUUGUCUUGCGCUGGUGCCGAUAGAUUGCAAACCGGUAUGCGUGGUGCUUUCGGCAAGCCCAACGGUCUUGUCGCUCGUGUCAACAUCGGCCAGAUUCUCAUGUCCGUCCGGACUAGGGACUCUAACCGCGCUGUCGCUCUCGAGGCUCUCAGGCGUUGCCAGUACAAGUUCCCUGGUCGCCAAAAGAUCAUCGUCUCCAAGAACUGGGGUUUCACUCCUCUCAAGCGCCAGGAGUACAUUGACCUCCGCCAGGAGGGCAAGGUCAAGAUUGACGGUGCCUACGUCCAGUUCCUCCGCAACAAGGGUAACCUUGCCGACAACAUCCGUCGCUUCCCUUCCGCUUUCGAGGCCUCUGCUUAG